GUUUCCGGAGCGGAUCGCAACCCGGAGUCCGGAUCCGAUCCCGCUCGGCACAUUCCAAAGGCAGGUGGCAGCGAUGGCCGAGGACGGCAGCGAGGAGAUCAUGUUCAUCUGGUGUGAAGACUGCAGUCAGUACCACGACUCCGAGUGUCCUGAGCUGGGCCCCGUGGUCAUGGUCAAGGACUCCUUUGUGCUGAGCAGGGCCAGGUCGUCCCUUCCUUCCAACUUGGAGAUCAGACGGCUGGAGGACGGAGCCGAAGGCGUGUUUGCCGUGACACAGCUCGUCAAGCGGACCCAGUUUGGUCCCUUCGAGUCUCGGAGAGUCGCCAAAUGGGAGAAGGAAUCCGCGUUUCCGCUGAAGGUGUUCCAGAAGGACGGGCACCCCGUGUGCUUCGACACCUCCAACGAGGACGACUGCAACUGGAUGAUGCUGGUGCGGCCGGCGGCGGAGCCCGCGCACCAGAACCUGACGGCCUACCAGCACGGCAGCGACGUGUACUUCACCACCUCCAGGGACAUCCCGCCGGGCACCGAGCUGCGCGUGUGGUACGCGGCCUUCUACGCCAAGAAGAUGGACAAGCCCAUGCUGAAGCAGGCCUGCUCCGGGGCCCACGCUGCAGGCACCCCGGAGAGCAGCACCCCAGUGGAGUCGGAGCCAAGCCAGUGGGCGUGCAAGGUGUGUUCCUCCACCUUCCUGGAGCUGCCGCUCCUGAACGAGCACCUGCUGGGCCACCUGGAACAAACCAAAAGCCUCGCCCCGGCCAGCCAGCAGGAAGGGGCCUCGGACAAGGAGCCGGACGCACCUCGGGGAGAGCCUCCUGCGGUUCCCAGGAGCAUCGGUGCCGCCAAAGAGCAGAAGAAAAAGCCUCGAAGAGGGAGGAAACCCAGAGCCUCGAAGCCAGAGCAGCCUCUGGGCACCAUUGAGGGCAAGGAGCCGGCAGAGCAAGUUGCAGAGAUCGUCACGGAGGUACCACCGGAUGAGCCUGCAGCUUCGACCCCGGAUGAGCACAUUGUGGAGCUGGUUUUGGGGAAGCUGGCUGCCACCCCCAGCGACGCCACUUCUGUGCCCAAGUUCCCCCAUCAUCAGAGCAGCAGCAUCACGCUCAAGAGGAGUCUGAUCCUCUCGAGCCGACACGGCAUCCGGCGGAAGCUGGUCCGGCAGCUGGGGGAGCACCGGCGGGUCUACCAGUGCAGCACCUGCAGCAAGGUCUUCCAGAACAGCAGCAACCUGAGCAGGCACGUGCGCUCGCACGGUGACAAGCUGUUCAAGUGUGAGGAGUGUGCGAAGCUGUUCAGCCGCAAGGAGAGUCUGAAGCAGCACGUCUCGUACAAGCACAGCAGGAACGAGGUGGACAGCGAGUACAGGUAUCGGUGCGGCACCUGCGAGAAGACCUUCCGCAUCGAGAGCGCACUAGAAUUUCACAACUGCCGGACAGGACCCCUAGCACACCCGGGAGAGGGGGGGACCAGUGGCAGUCGGCUUAGAGACCUACCAGAUGACAAGACGUUCCAAUGUGAGAUGUGUUUCAGAUUCUUCUCCACCAACAGCAACCUCUCCAAGCACAAGAAGAAGCACGGGGACAAGAAGUUCGCUUGUGAAGUCUGCAACAAAAUGUUCUACCGCAAGGAUGUCAUGCUUGACCACCAGAGGAGGCACCUGGAAGGAGUCCGGCGGGUGAAGAGAGAAGACCUGGAGACCAGCAGUGAGAGCCUGGUCCGCUACAAGAAGGAGCCUUCGGGAUGCCCCGUGUGUGGCAAGGUGUUCUCCUGCAGGAGCAACAUGAACAAGCACCUGCUGACCCACGGCGACAAGAAGUACACCUGCGAGAUCUGCGGCCGCAAGUUCUUCCGCGUGGACGUGCUCAGGGACCACAUCCACGUCCACUUCAAGGACAUCGCACUGAUGGAUGACCACCAAAGGGAAGAGUUUAUUGGCAAGAUCGGGAUCUCCUCAGAGGAGAACGACGACAAUUCCGACGAGAGUGCAGACUCAGAGCCUCACAAGUACAGCUGCAAAAGGUGUCAGCUCACCUUCGGCCGUGGGAAGGAGUACCUGAAGCACAUCAUGGAGGUGCACAAGGAGAAAGGCUACGGCUGCAGCACCUGCAACCGGCGCUUCGCCCUGAAGGCCACCUACCACGCCCACAUGGUCAUCCACCGCGAGAACCUGCCAGACCCCAACGUGCAGAAGUACAUUCACCCUUGCGAGAUCUGCGGGCGGAUCUUCAAUAGCAUCGGGAACUUGGAGCGGCAUAAACUCAUCCACACCGGUGUGAAGAGCCACGCCUGCGAGCAGUGCGGGAAGUCCUUUGCCAGGAAGGACAUGCUGAAGGAACACAUGCGCGUGCACGACAACAUCCGGGAGUACCUGUGCGCCGAGUGCGGGAAAGGCAUGAAGACCAAGCAUGCGCUGCGCCACCACAUGAAGCUGCACAAGGGCAUCAAGGAGUACGAGUGCAAGGAGUGCCACCGCAAGUUCGCGCAGAAGGUCAACAUGCUCAAGCACUACAAGCGGCACACGGGGAUUAAAGACUUCAUGUGUGAGUUGUGCGGGAAGACUUUCAGCGAGAGGAACACGAUGGAGACCCACAAGCUCAUCCACACAGUGGGCAAGCAGUGGACGUGCUCCGUGUGCGACAAGAAGUACGUCACCGAGUACAUGCUGCAGAAGCACGUGCAGCUCACCCACGACAAGGUGGAGGCGCAGAGCUGCCAGCUGUGCGGGACCAAAGUGUCCACCAGGGCCUCCAUGAGCAGACACAUGCGGCGCAAGCACCCAGAGGUCCUGGCCGUGAGGAUUGACGACCUGGACCACCUCCCAGAGACCACCACCAUCGACGCCUCCUCCAUCGGCAUCGUGCAGCCGGAACUGGGCCUGGAGCAGGAGGGCUUGGCAGAAGGGAAGCCAGUGAAGGCCUCCAGGAGGAGUCACAAGAGGAAGCAGAAGCCGGAGGAGGAGGCGGGGCCCCCGGUGCCCGAGGACUCAGCCUUCAGCGAGUACUCAGAGAAGGAGCCCGCGUUCACGGGCGGCGUGGGCGACGAGACCGACUCUGCGGUACAGAGCAUCCAGCAGGUGGUGGUGACUCUCGGUGACCCAAACGUGACCACUCCAUCCAGCUCAGUCGGCUUGACCAACAUCACCAUGACGCCCAUCACCACAGCAGCCGGAACCCAGUUUACCAACCUCCAGCCAGUGGCUGUUGGACACCUCACCACCCCGGAACGUCAGCUGCAGCUGGACAACUCCAUCCUGACCGUGACCUUUGAUACGGUCAGUGGCUCCGCCAUGUUGCACAACCGCCAGAACGACAUCCAGCUGCACCCCCAGCCGGAAACUUCGAACCCGCAGUCCGUGGCCCACUUCAUCAACCUGACCACCCUGGUCAACUCCAUCACGCCCCUGGGGAACCAGCUCAGUGACCAGCACCCACUCACGUGGCGGGCAGUGCCACAGACUGAUGUGCUGCCGGCCCCGCAGCCGCAGGCCGCCCCCGCGCCGGCAGCGCAGCCCCAGGUGCAGGCUGAGCAGCAGCAGCAGAUGUACAGCUACUGAGACACCUGGAGGACUCGCAGAGGGAACCUCAGACAGGUUCCCUUGUUUCUGGUUCAGACGUGUUUGCUGGAUACCAAACAGAGAAAAAUCAUACGUUGCAAUGUAAGUGAGGUGGACUUAGUUUUUGCAGAAUUAUCUCCAAAUCCCCCAGCAACUGUGAUGGUCUGCCAGCCUGAUUUGGGAAGUGACUCCUGGCAGGCCGGCUGUAGGGGCCAGCAGGUGGCAGGCGCUGGCUCAGCCAGGCCACUUGUCAGCCAGGGCUGUACCCUGCCCUGCCCCCCGCAUUUCCCAGCCAGACUGGGUCUGGCAUACACGGGCUUGGGGAAGCAAAACUUCGAGAGAAGCAGGAGCAUCAGCGGCAAGCACUGUGCUGUCAGGAGCUGUUACCUGUCAGAACGCAGACAGUCUUCCAUGUGGCACGCCAGCUACGGUGACAGCUCUCUCCUCGGGAUGGCUUCUGCAAGGGAGCCGGCAGAAGCUCAAGUCACACGCGUCCCUUCUCCGACACCCGGGUUGAGUGGGCUUUGUUUCACAACUCCAGGUGGAAACCGGGGGUGAGCAGAUGGUCCAGCAAGCCCGCAGCCCUCCACUGCCCUCAGGCUCGUCGCAGGCAAGGGGCACAGGAGUUCUGACUCGGGCGUAAAGGCGUCUUAGGAAUUUAAUUCGUGAAUUGAUUUUCAGGACCGUGUUUUCACUUUUUAAGGAACUUUAUUUCAAGCACAUGUUAGUGUAUUGGAGACUCUGUAGUGGCCAUGUCGUUUUUACGUUUGAACGUGCUGAAGUCAUUUGCACUGUAGGACUGUCAGUCCAUGUCCAUCCCACGCAAUGUCCCGGAGCGCAGGGCCCCACCGUUGUGUGUGGCGAGGUGGCGCCUUGCUGUCUCCGCUCCGUGGCACCUGCGGCGUGGAUGCCUUGCCGCCACAUGUGUUCGUUGUGACCGGGACUCGCCAAAGUCCUCUGAACUGAAGAACGGGGAGGAAAUUCACCUUUCUUUCUGGUUCAACUUUAAUCCCAAAGGUCGGUGUGGUUACAGACCACUUUUCCGUGACUGCUGAGUAAGCUGGGAAAGCCUCGCUUUCCUGAACUGUGGUGGAGCCGCCAUGUCCCCCGGGCAGCGACGCCAGCAGAGGUUCGUUCACCGGGAGCAGUGUCGAUACCCCUAUGAGUGUGCCGAGAGACAGCCAGCCCGCUCCCCUGGGGAUGCCGCUGCCGUGUGUGUGUGUGUGUGUGUGUGUGCGCGCACACGCGUGCGGCUGAAACACACAGGAGCCAGCCGCCUGCUGUGCAGCUAGGAACACAGAAAGAAGUGUGAUUUUUUUUCACUCCCCUGAUGUUUUUUUUUAACGACGUCUAAAACGAAAUGAUAAAUUUGCCUUAUUUUGUCCUUGAUUGCUCUUUGUCCCCGACCCCGCACGACGUGGGAGGCCGUCUUGAAGAAACACUGAGUACGAGUCAGUAGUGGGUGAGCAAGGCCGGAGUGACCUGACAUUGCCAACCAGGCUAAGGACGAUUUGUUAUGCAAGAGGAUUUUCUCAGCACUUCACUUUGUUCCAACGUGGAAGAUGUGAGGGCAGGGCUAGGGUUUGUUCUGUGCAAUACACGCCUUCGAGACCCGAGGAGCGCCCUCUCCCAGGCGGCCCGGGAAGGGGGCGUCCAAGGUCCCGUCCCUCACACGGCUCGUUCACACACUCGCGGCUCUCACCUCCGAUGAACUAAUUGUGGGAGAUUGUUUGACUUUUUAAUUUAUGAUAAUUAUUUUUAUGUUAUUUAUGUAUAUAAUUAACUGCUUUUUACAUAAUAGAUUCGUCAAAGGGAUUUUGGUGAGGGGUGAUAGGUUUUCUAAAAUAUUGUCUCCAUUCUCCAACUAGAAGGGGCCAGGUGUCUGCAGAGUCAUCCAGAACGCCAGGGGUGCCUGAAGUCUGUUUUUAAUCACUGACAAUUUCUUUUUUGCAUUUGCAGAAUAGAAAGUGUGGAUGACCAACUAAGAAAAUCCAAACAUGAUUGAUUAAACACCCGUUAUUUAUCUUUUAUUCUUCUUCCCUAUGAAAUAAAGGCCUUUUAAAUCACAGUUUUAUUUUUUUAAAAAAGUUGUUUUUGUGCCAAGAGUAAGAAUGCAUUAAAUGUUUUUAAGGAACCUAAUUUACGUUAUGUGGCCCAGUGAACAACCUCUGUUUAUUUAAAUAACGGAUGCAUAAGAAUCCUUCUUGUUACAGUAAGUGAGAACUCCAAAUAAAAAUGAAAUUUACUCCCAAGUUUCCCGUGGAUGUGUUUGGCCUUCUUGGGGUGACUGUGUCGGGCAAAGUGGCGUCAACUUCUUGUCUGCAGGCAGCUGCUCUGGGUUCGAGAAGCCGGGGAGCAAGAACACCGGGUCCUGCCCAGCCACGUGUCAUUGCCUCCGGGUUCUUCUGCGCCGUUGUCCCUGUCUGCUGGCGGAAAUGUUGACGUUUUCAACUGAGCCCAGGUGCGCAGCUGCGUCCAUGAGAAGAAACCAGAUCAAGCCUCUGUGGCCACCGGGCUCUGUGAAUCCAUCUUGGUUUUUCUGAAUUAGUCAAUCAGGAGAAUGUGUUUCGGGCCUGUGACUUCGUAACGUUGUGCAGUUCUGGGCCACUGGCGACGUGGAGCUUGCCCAGCUGCACCCCAGUUCAGACGCCUGCGUUUGUCCGAGCUCCGUGGCCAGGAGGGGACUGUCUCUGGGAUGUGUUCUCAGGGCCAGGGGCCACCUCCCUGGGUGCCACAGGAAACGGCUUUGGAGGUAGAAGAUCUGGGCGUGGGAGGCAGAUUCACGGACUUGGCUCGUUUUCUUUUCUGGCUACCACGUCCAAAGGUGGAAAGCUCGUGGCUUCCCUGCUGGAGGCAGUUAGUGACUUUUGAAAGGUGAUAAGAUUGGAGA